CACACAAGCAUCCUUGCGCGAGAGGACCAGAGCGACGACUCCGCUUUUUUCGACGGUUGGGAAAUUCAUGAUGCCUCAGCCGGCUUCUUUAGCGUUAUUUAACUCUGUAUAACUGAAAAUAUCUUUGACAGUCAACUGGCACAUCUUUCAAUCACAAGUUAACAAAUAGAGACGUUUCUGACACCGUUUUCUUGGCUUUUUUUUUCGAGGCUAACCGUCUCUCUGGUGCCACCGCCUGCUCAGCCGUUUUUGCCGCUCCAUAACGCAUCCUUUAUGCACAGCACGCUGCUCCGGUCCUCCCCAACAAAACACCCGUUCGUGUCCGAGCACAAUGGCCCGCUCCAGCCGCUUUCACUAAGAGACAUGGAAGCCAAACAGCACCAGAUAAAGAGCCUUAAAAGCUACCCGGAGACUGGUGGCCGGAGCCUGGCAGCGGCCGCCGGAGUAGACAGCGGCGGUGGUGGUGGGUAUCGAGCCGGCUCUGCUGAAACAGAGAUGGAAGCGAAGAUCCAGAAAGCCAUCGACUUCAAGGCGGAGGGUCACCGCUGCUACAAGGAGAAGAAAUUUCGGGAGGCGAUUGGCAAGUACCACCGGGCGCUGCUGCAACUCAAAGGGGUGCAUGUUGUCGACGGGACGACGGGAUCCGAGGUCAACCUGCUGAACCAAGCGGCUGCCAAGCUGACCGAGGAGCAGCGGAGAGCCGUGGAGAGCACCGAGAUCGAGUGCUAUGACAGCCUGACAGCGUGCCUGCUGCAGUCAGAGCUGGUGAACUACGAGCGGGUGAAGGAGUAUUGUCUGAAGGUGCUGAGCCACCAGAGAGACCACUUUAAGGCCAUGUACCGAGCCGGCAUCGCCUUCUAUCACCUGGGUGACUACGAAUGUGCCCUGCGCUACUUGCGUGACGCCAAAAAUCGCGAACCCACAGACACCAACGUGCUGAGGUACAUUCAGCUGACGGAGAUGAAAAUGAGCAAGAGUGGACAGAGAGAACGAGAGGGCAACAAAGAGACCGAAGGCUGACCCUCCACCUUUCCACCCCUACGGCCCCUUAACCUCUGACCCCACUAGCAGAUCCCUACAUGACCCUCCCUCUCUCUCCCUCCACUUCCUCUACCGACUCCUGACAGCAGCACAGCCCGACGAGACAGACCCAGCCGUGGAGACAAAUCAAAACUCCGUCUGCAAACCGACAUCCUUUUUCCUUCUCUUUCCUCUUCUUCUCCUUCUUCCUCCCUCAGGUGCUGUGUUUCCUCUCCCUAGAUGCAGACAGUCAAGCAAACAUAAAAAAAAACAACAAAAACAAGGAAAAUGCUGUAUUAUACUCAUACGAAACAGUCAAUGUGGUGGAAUGACAAAGGAGCUUCAAAACAUACAUAUGAAUAAUGGACGUUUGCAUAAUUUAGUUCAUGUUUUAAAGACAUAAGAUGCAUUUUGUUUCUGCUUUCCUGCUCUCUCUUUCUCUCUGCCUUCUCUCCGUCUUAUUUGGGACUCUUGAGGAGAUUAUCGGGGCAGCGGGAGGCUUGACCACACCAGGAGGAAGGCGGGCAGCAGUGAGGGGUGUGUGUGACACAUAUCAAGACCAUAGCCCAAUUUGAUUGUACAUCCUUCUCCGACAGGGCUCACUCUGACCCCUUACCCCAGACUUUGGGACAGACUAGCACUAGAAAUCCUUCAUCAAGUAGAGAAAACACCUCUAGGCUUAAUUCAAUGCUCUGUCCUGUCACUUUUUUUCCUGUUUCUAGAUUCUGGACUGCUUUAUUUCUUUUCAAAUCAAGGGCUAUUUCAAUUGUUUAUCUGUUUUUAGGGUUUUUUACUUUGCUCUCAGUGUUCAUGGUUCUUUGUUGUACUUGAUCAGUUGUUCAUAGCAUCUGUGCGUGCAGCAAACAGACACAAUCCUCCAGCGGUUCUUGCCAUUUUCAGGUGUGAUAAUGUGGAAACUUCAGUGUCUUCAAUCUGUUGCCCCUCCUGAGUCGUGUGUCGUCGUUAAUGUUGUUUAGACUAUUGAAGCCCUUCCCUCUCCUCCUCUCUUUUCUCCUCUUAAUGAUGUCACAACGGAAAAUAGCCAAUGGUAUCAGAGUUCCAUCAACCGCUCUUGGCUGGAUGGAAAUCCACUUUAAAACGCUUUAUGAUUUCCAUCCUUUUAUCGCUAAUGCCGAAGGUUUCCCAGACAUCGAUAACACACCGACGAGUCUCUGGGCAGCAGCAUUAGUGCAGGGAAAACAAUCACACACGUCUGUCCUGGACCCUGGCAGUCUACACCGCCAUGUUUUAGCACUCAGUUUUAGUGCUCUUUAAGAAGAGUGUGCCAUUUGAGAUUUCCUCUCUGCAUUUUUGUUUGAAAAUUCUUCCCAACCUAUCAACGCAAUGUUAGGACAGCAUUAGCAUUAGAUACUCCGAGGACACGGUCUGUGGAUUUACAUGGCCAGCUGUCAAAAGAAACAUAAAUAAUUUGCCGCUGCCUCUCUUGUGACUUGUGAAGCCAAAUCAUUUUUAAUGCCAACUUCGCUUCUAUGAUAGCGUUACCAUGGGCUGUUCUGCAGAAGGUUGGAUUGACAAUUUGUGAUAGCAUGACCUAAAUUUGCCUUCUCUCUGAUGCCAUGAAACUGUUUCCCCUCCUGCAUGUGACGUGUGGCUGUAGAGAGUUACUUCAGAUGUAUGGGACAGGGAUUAUAUCUGCUCUAUUGCUUUCUAUCAUGGCAUGCCGCCACGCUGUUUGCUCAUGCCUCUAUGUUAUCAUUCUGCCCUUUAUAAACACAGAAAGUGGUGACAGCCUGCAAUCGCAGCAACAGAAGAAGUAGCAAAUCAAUCUAGAAAUAAGAAGUCUUUAGGGUCACUUUGCCCCAGCAAAGGUGAGAGAUAAGACAGGAUUUUGCUGCUUAAGAAACAAAAAGGACUGAAGAGGAAAUUAAAGAACUGUGCUUUAGAUUUCCCCUCCUCAAUUUUUUUUCCAAUGACCUGCGAGGAGGUAAAUAGGUACCUAAGUGUGUCAAUGGGACUCUGGAGAGACAGCACCAUGCGUUGAGGAGACCGGCAUGAUACAGAGAGGCUCCAGUGGAGGGAGAAGUAGGCCAGCAGCAGCAGCUGCAGCUCCAAGUCACUUCAGCAGCAGAGAGAGAGAGAGAGACGCAAGAUAAACAGAAAACUAUAGAGCAAGGAGUGUUGACCUACCAGAUAUAAAUUUAGCACAAAAAGUCAGGAAAUUUGUGUUUCUUUAUUGCAACAAUACUUCUUGGCAAU